UCUAUCGUCAAAAAUCAUGAAGAAAAUAUGGAAUAAUAAAAUUCACUUAUUCAAAUACAGGGUGAGUCUUGUAACACGACGACCUCGAAUAACUCGUAAGGUAUUCGUUGUACGACAAAAUGUUUCAAACAUUUACUGCCAUGCAGUGGUGAACCUAAUUUAUUUAAUUUUGCCUGAUUCGGUAGCUUCCGGAGAAAGGCGUUUUUCCAAAUUAGAAAUGAUUAAUAACUAUUUACGUUCUACAAUGAGUCAAGAAAGAUUAACUGAUUUUUCAAUAGAUACAUUAAAUAUAUAAUGUAUAUUUGGUGUAAUUUACCAAUCAUGUAUCAUGGAAAAGGGCGGUAAAUUUGUCUUGCACACAAGCGCCUCUUACCCACGUGGCGGCCCUGUACGGGCCGAUUAACAAUUAUUUCAAAGGAGAAAAACCGUGAAAGAUAGACAGUAACCUUGUUCCAGUAAAGUAAUACCAAAGUAAAAACUUUUCAACGAUAUUACCUUGUUUUGUCCCGAUUUCCAGUUGCUCUAUAUAAGAACAUCCACGGAUUUCGAGACAGUCGAUUUUCCCUUGAAAACGUGAACGCGUCUCAUUCGAACGUACACUUUCGAGGUGUUAUUUACCGGUUGUUACGUCUCUGAUUAACGUUCUGAUCGCGAUAACUAAUACAUUAAUCGGAGAUCGAGUUAGCUAGAAACCGAUAUCUUAAAAAGAUGGAUCCUCAGAUCGUAACCGACGAUGCCGAUGAUUUAGAUCGGAUUCUAAAAGAGCAAUUUACUGCAGAGUUUCGCAAAGGUUACAUCACCGUAAAUGGCGUUUGCUUGCCGCAAAGAUUCGACAAAUUUUCACAAGCGAUCGAGAAUUUUCAAGUUAGAGACGACGACAUCUGGGUCUGUAGUUUUCCUAAAACUGGUACAACAUGGACUCAGGAAAUGAUUUGGUGUAUCGCAAAUGAUUUGAAUUUCGAAGGCGCAAAGGUCUUCUUGCCCGAAAGAUUUCCUUUCUUGGAGUGUUCCAUACUUUUCGAUUAUACCACGAUCAUGGUUCGACAUCCAGAGAUAAAACUACACCAGUUGAUCUCGGAUAGCGUCAGCUACGCGAGCAGUCGAGUCAGUCCAAGAUUCAUCAAGACUCACUUGCCUUUCCGUUUACUUCCACGUCAACUUCGAACAGGCGAAAGAAAGCCGCGAAUCGUUUAUAUCGCUAGGAACCCCAAAGACACUUGUGUCUCGUAUUACCAUCAUUGCAGGUUGAUGGAAGGUUAUCGCGGCGACUUUAACACUUUCUGUCGUCUUUUCUUGGGUGAAAAAUUAUGCUUCGCUCCAUUCUGGGAGCACAUUCUCGACUUUUGGAAGAGGAGGGCCGAUCGCAACAUACUAUUCUUGAAGUACGAGGACAUGAUGUUUGAUCUAUCUACGGUCAUCCAGAAAUCGGCGACAUUUUUAAACAAAACCAUGUCCGCGAAUCAAGUAAAAACAUUAUUGGAACAUCUCAGUUUUGCUAACAUGAAGUCUAAUCCGGCAGUGAACUACGAAGAUGUUGUAGAAAUGAACAAGAAACUAAAAAUAAUCGACGUUGAUGGUGAGUUUAUUAGAAGCGGUAAAGUGAAUCAGUGGCAGGGAGAGAUGUCCGAAAACAUAAUCGAACGAUUCGACCAAUUGACGAAGGAAAAAUUGGCAGCGCAACAUUGUAUCGCUGAAGAAGACGGCGAAGAGUACAGGGGCAAGUACUUGGGGAAGCUGAACGCGUAUCAUCAUCAAGUCUCCGGUGACGUGUAUGUGGUUGACGAAUACACGUUGUUGCUGACGUCUUUUAGCUACGAUGGUAACGGAGCCGACACCUUCUUCUGGGCUGGCGCGUCGAACAGACCUGGUCCACAGGGGUUCAUCGUGCCGGACGAGUGGGGCAAAACGAAUGUUCUCGAUCGGUAUUUCAACAAGGACUUUACUCUUUCUUUACCGGACAAUAAAAAGAUAACGGAUAUCAAAUGGUUCGCCGUUUACGAUCUGGGAAGUCAGAAUACGUUCGGUGACGUAUACAUUCCCGAGGAGUUCGAUCCACCCGCGCCCCAGAAGAUUUCCCAAUUAACGAAACGAUCGCACGGAGUAUUCUCCGAGUCUAUCGUGAUCGUGGACUCGAAAACCAUAAAAAUACCAGAAUUCACGUACGACGGUCAGGGCGCGGAUACGUAUUUCUGGGUAGGACUUGGCCCGCAGCCUUCCAGCAAAGGAAUCAAAGUUCCCGACGAGUAUGGCUAUUUAGAUCCAAUUCGCGCAUACAAAGGAGAAGAUAUAAUCAUUCAACUACCAGGAGACAUGACAGUUUUCAACAUCGACUGGUUGAGCGUGUUCGACGUGAAGAGUAAAUCGAACUACGGUUCCGUUAUCAUUCCGGACGGACUAAACGUGCCACCGUCGCUUGUUAAAGUGAUCAAGCACGCGCAGACUUUGCCGAAUUGCAUUCAGCUCCAUAGACGGUAUCAAGUCAGUUGGGAGAUCUUUGGUCCUCAAAUCACCGUUCAGCUUGCUGGUCAAGUCGGCGAAAAUGAGUACAUGUCGUUCGGUUUGUCCGGUUCCGAAACAUCCAGUCAGAUGGAAGGUGCGGACGUUGCGAUCGCUUAUAUGGACGGAACCAGAGGAUACGCGCGAGAUUACAACGUUACUGCGAAAGCACCGUGCGGAAAGGUUCUCGGCCAAUACAGAGGAGUUUGUAGAGACGAGUUGUUAGGUGGCCUGGACAACAAUCAAUUGUUUACCGCUGUGAGAGAAGAUGGCAUCAACGUUAUCACCUACAGACGUACUCUUAAUUCGUCCGAUCCAGGAGACAAGGAGUAUCCCACGGAUCGGCCAGUUUUCGUGGUGUGGGCUUUAGGAAGAUUGGACGAGAACAAGGAACCGACUUUUCACGACUUCUAUCCCAAGAGCGAUUUAAAGAUAGAACUGCUUCGCCAAGAACCAGAGAAUACGUGUAUGGACUUUACGGAGACUAACGAGGAACUGAUAGAAACUUGGGAGAAGGCGGAAAUAUUCGAUAGAAGUAUUCGGACGUUCAAAGCUACGAUCGGGCCGUCUGGCGGAAGAAAGGGUUAUCAAGGAAUCACGGGACAAACCUCCACGGGUUUGGCAUGGUAUAUCGAAGGUCAGCUCGUGCCAGAAUUGUAUCUCCGUCGAGGAUUGACUUACAAUUUCCGUAUUUACGGUGGGAACAAUCCUCACAGUCCGAAUUUAUAUCACCCAUUGAUUAUAACCGAUGAACCGCACGGCGGAUACGAUAGGCUCACCGACGCGGCAAAGAGCAAAGUUAGGGUAUUGGCCGGAGUCGAGUUCACCAGACGAGGUCAACCGAGACCGACUGCAGUUGGUCCGCUUUGCUUGAGUAAACACAACGAACGAGACAGAAGACUGGACGACGACUUUCCAACGUUUAAACAAUUCAACAGAACGCUGGUCAAUGUGUGCGAACCGGUGGAAAAAGAACCGAUCAGUUUCGCUACCGUUGAAGGCGAUAUUGGAGCAAGAUUGGACAAAAUGUUUGGCGUAAAACCCAGUUUUCUGAGGGUAGAACCGAGCCAUUGUUUAUUGCCGCCCCAUUUUGUCUUUUACGGAACGAGGAUACGGGAUAUGGAAAUUUACGAGGACGACGUGUGGAUUGUUUCGUAUCCGCGAACCGGUAGCCAUUGGGCACAGGAGAUGGUAUGGUGUAUCGGGAACAAUUUUGAUCUUGAAACUGCAAAAACUCUUCUGGUCGUACGCAAUCCAUUACUCGAAGCCUCGUGUCUGAUGGUGUCGGGAGACUACGUAGAGUGGUUCGCGAAGCUGGGCGAUUCGGUCGAGAACGUUACAAAGAUGCCACCAACGAGAUACAUCAAGUCUCACCUACCCUUGGAAUUGUUGCCGCAGCAAAUUCACAAAAAGAAACCAAAAAUCAUCUAUAUUGCUAGAAAUCCAAAGGACACUUGUGUCAGCUUUUAUCAUUUCUGCAGAAUAUUCCAUAAUAUCAAAGGAAGCUUCGAGGACUUUGCCGAGUUGUUUCUCGAGGAUAGUGCUCCGAUGGGUUCGUUUUGGAGUCACGUACUACAAUUCUGGGAGAUGAGGAACCACGAUAACGUACUGUUCAUGACUUACGAGGAAAUGAAAAAGGAUCAAGUCGAGGCGAUAAAAAGAACGGCGAAAUUCAUGGGAAAAAGAGUGACGGAUAAGCAAAUUGCCGAGCUUUGCGAACAUUUGAAAUUUUCCAAGAUGGCGGCGAAUCCUGCCGUGAAUAUGGAGCACAUCUUACCGCAGCAGAACGUUACGGAAGACGACAAAUUUAUAAGGAAAGGCAAGGUCGGUGAUUGGAAAAACUACAUGUCCGAGGAAUUGUCCAGACGAUUCGACGAAUGGACCGAAAAGCAUCUACGUAAUAGUGGUCUCGACUUCGACAGAGGCGUGAUCCAUUACGAUAAGGAAGAGUAACGAUACUUUGAAAUAUGUAUUAUUAAUGGAAAUAGACUUUACGCGAGAUUUAUGCCUAAGGCAACUAUAUUCCUCGAUUAUUACCAACGAUAUUCAUUAUACAUGUAUUAAAAAUGUCUUAUACAAUAUAACGUACAAGUAAUUUAGUUUAAAUGUAUGCAUCAUGUUUACGUUCGUGGGUAUUUAUUA